ACCGGCAAUGUUUACAUUUAGUUCAAUACGCGGUGUUGGCGCAGUUCUUAACAAUUCGGUAAACAUGGAUAGCUUGCAAUCGAUUAAUACCAAAUUAACGUUGCAAUCAGCAGCAGUGCAGCUUGAGAAGAUUUUAAAAAUAUCUCAAAAAUCAAAAACGAUCAAUCGGACGGUAACCGAUAGUGAAAUCGAACUGUUAAAACAACUCUGCAAAUCGAACAACAUUCGAAUAUGCCAGCUGGCGAAUGAAGCAAUAUUGCAUCUUACCGCGGACGGUUAUGCGGAACUUGGACAAGUGCUAGGAAUACUCAUGACCCUGGUACCACAAACCAAUGCCGGACAGUUCACCGUGCUCAGUGGAACAAUUUACGAAUUGCUGUUGCUGGAUCUACGCCGGCGUUGUUUGAAUGCAGGACGUCAACGUAGCUAUGUGUGUCAAUUCGACAUAAAACCACCUCAGCAUCCGGUAAUUGUUCUCAUCGAUAAAUCCACCGUAGGAUGUACUGGAACUAUCACCGAUCUUAUUCUACAAACAUUGGAUCACCCGGAUGAUGUGAUCCGUACAAAUAGUAUCGAAUUUUUGCGACCCGUCCUCUUGCAUCUUUUCGUCAACGUGUGCCUUUACGCUGAUUACCAAGCGCUGUGGAAGCUUCUUAUAGAAAGAUCUUUGCAAGAUCCCGAAGCAAAGUUGAUCGUUUUUGAGAUUCUGGCAUGGUGUAGGACUACGACAUCACAACAAACACGUUUCACGGUUAGCCUUUUGACGGAUGCCUUGGAAAUAGUUCUACAUGGGAAUCAUAGUGACAUGAAGCUGCAACUAAAGAUCGCUUUUUACUUAGCAGCCGUCCUAAAGGAUUACAUACAAUACAAUUAUGAUCCAAGUAGAUGCUUCAAUUUGUUGCAAACAGUCAGCAACAUUGCAAUGCAGUGCGAUCCUCCCCCGAAACUAGACGUACUGCUCACGAUUGCCGCAGAUAUGCUAUCGAUCGUAUCACCACUAAAGUUGUAUGAACUAUUGAAGAUAAUCCAAACCAUCCUUCCAAUUUGUGGGCGAAUUAGCUGCAUGCUGACUAAAGAGGCCAUGAUACAAUUAUUAGGUCAGCCAUCGUACACAACGAAACAUCUGGCACUUUGUGAUAAAAUUCUAAGAUAUAUUGAAAAACACCAGUUGGCAACAGAAUCCAACGAGGUAACGAAUAUCGAAUGCGAUGCCACAGGAACGAUGUACUUUCAUGCCGAAUUAGCAAAGUGGAUGAUUCUUUGCCACUGGUGGAAUUCUUUUGCUUCAGCCACCGAAGACUAUCUUCUGCGGGGUGGACCAUCGAGCAUUAGAUUUUCGAACAUUUUAAGUCAAUUUCACAGGUCAAUCUUUCUCUCAACUUCGCACGAGGAGGACGUUUGGAAGCAAAAUUUUGAACAUUUGGUUAAACUGAUGAAGCACAGUGAAGUGCAGGUGGCACAAAGUAUGGUUCCACUGCUUUACGCAUUAGCCCAACACAAAGAUGCUAAGCGAAGAUUACAUGUGCUGCAAACGGUGGCAUCAAUGGGUGCAAAGGAAAAUUUGAUCGGUAUAUUGAAAGCUCUUACAAAAGAUCUGGAUCGUGCCCUUUGCUUAGAUUUAUAUCUGAGAUUAUGGAAAUCGGAACCGCGAACAUAUCCACUGUUGUACGAUCUGCUAAAAGAUACUAGCCGACAUGCCAGUGAAGAUCGCUGGGAACUCACGGUUGCUCGUGCAUAUACCAUUCGAGAAGUAUGUCUUAUAAACCCUCAACAGCACGGAGAGGAUUUGGUGAACCUUUUUUCGGAGGUCCUGAGCAAUCCUAACAACAGCGAAAACGAAGUGGCUAUCUGUCUAUCGCUUGAUGCAAUCUCAAGCUUGUGUAAAAACCAUGUCGUGGACAUCGUGUCAACCUGGAAGGUUUUAGGAUUCCGUUUCGCAAACGAACGUCGCCCAAAGGUUAUAAAAAGCUUGUGCCAGUUUUUUGCCAACGUGCCGCUUAUAAAAAUUACCACACCAGAACAGGAACGAUUGGUAAAUCACAUCAUCGCUACACUAUGGCACUACGUCACCGAUUACGAAGAUCGUGAAAUCAUAGAGGCAGCUUUGGGUACGCUGAAACAUUUCCACCCGGAUACGCUAACGCUUCGGCAGAUACCUGAAGUGUUUCGGCAAGGUAUAGUACUUCCGGAACCGGGUGAAGAUUGCAUUUCGAUAGCCGAUAGUGCGGGUUCCAUAUUGCCGGAAUGUUGGAUACAGCUUCUUCAGUAUACUAAUCACUGCGCCAUCGAAGCGGUCGGUGAUCUGCUAGGCCAUUAUAUCACCCACGAAAUUGAAAGCUACCGUGGUGGUAUCUAUCAAACUCCUGCUGGCCGUCCCGAACCGUCUAAUUUAAAGUAUCUGCCAAGGGCAAGCAUUUUGUCGACGAUAGUAAAUCACCUGAUAUUGCAGAGCACAAAAUUUACGAAAGACGAAAGCACUGCUGAACUAGUGUUGGUUCAAAUGCUUCGCAUUGUUGCAAAACCUUACUCCAAGCCAAUUCCACCGCUAAACUGGUGCUUUUUACAUGAAUAUUUUCAUCACUGUUUUGAAAUGCGCGAUGCUUGCCUGCAGAUAGCGAUCAAACAAAUGCCGCUCUCCGGAACCGCUAAGAGGUUGGUGGAAAAUUAUUUGAAUGAAUUGUGCGAAACGAUUAUGCUGGAAGAGGAUCUACUAAAAAUCUAUACCUUGAUCGCGGAUAUCACCGAGGGAGUACAAACGGACAUCUAUAAGCGAUUUGUUCAUCUGUCGCUACAGUACCUGGCCGAACGAGCAGAGGACAAACAGUUUGCGGAUAAUACACCAUUAAUACAGGCGAUGGCGCUGAUCGCAAACGCGCUGCAGAGAAAAAAGAAGUAUGAAAAUGAAGACAAUUUUUAUCAUCUCUGUAUGACGCUGGAAAACUUUUUCAUGCGUUUCGAUCUAGACUCAGAGGUAUUCAAAAAAUAUAUCGAGGUAGUGGUACAUCUUCCCGAGCAACAUUUAGCUGACUUGCUUAAACCGAGCACCUGGACUGGAGAUAUAAAUGUGAAAAAGUUGGAAAAAACGAUUUAUCUCCAGUUAGCCUUCCGUCAAUAUAAUCCCGCAGCCAAGUCGUUGCAUUUUUCAGGUCUUUCCGAUAUAAUAGCUACGGUUGCAAAAUAUUCCCAUGUAGAUGUUUCAUUGGGUGCAUUCUUUUUGCAAAAAUGGUUUAACUUUGUCGAAUUGUUUGUUCGCGACGAUGUAGAUCAAUCAGAUGAAAAAGCUCUGAUUGGUUUUAUCGUUGAACUGGUUGGCCUGAUCCAGUGCACUCUAAAGGUGACGGAAGAUCGUAUGGAGCAGAACUCUCUUUUUAUGUUGGAUGUAAUGAUGACUGCAGUGAUUAGUUUCUCUGGUUAUGGCGGAUUAUAUGGAGCAAAAAUGCUAGCGAACGAUAAAUUGUUACGCUUGACACAAUUCCCUCUUGCACUGGUUACCGUAUUCGAACAAAAUGCUUGGCGUGAAAUCGAGAUAAAGAUCUACGAAUUCCUCAGUCAUCUGUAUGGUAUUGCGUCGCUGCCCAACGACUACGCAAAUUGUCUGCGAGAUGCGCUGAUAUGUUGUAAAAAACAACCGUAUUUCCAGCAAACCAAAACAUUGUCCAAAUUCAUCACUUUGAGACGACAAACAUGAGAAAGCACGAACUAUUUUAUUAAGCGUAGAGUUUAUUACCAGCGCAUAUUUUGUUUUUUAAUGAAUAAAUUGAAUUCAUUGAGACA